GGCGGGGCCGCCGUGCCGGCUCCGCGACCGGCAGCGCAGGCUGCGCCCAGCGCGGCGGCACCUCCGCCCUUCCCUCCCCGCCGCCCGGUGCUGGAGGGGCGGCUGCCCCGGGCUCGCCGCGCUCCGAGGGGCCGGGGAGCGGCGGCUCCGCGUUCCGCCCGCGGAAACUUUGCCCGGCGCGCAGGAGGAAGGAUGGAGCUAGGAGAGCCCCCGGCGGCGCCCCUCAACCUGUCCCGAACAGCGGCAGAGACUCUCCGCGGGGAGUUCAACCUGUCCGGGCUGCCGGAGGCGGAGGAGAAGCCCCUCUUCGGCAUCGGCAUCGAGAACUUCAUCACCUUAAUCGUCUUCGGCUUAAUCUUCACCCUGGGGGUGCUGGGCAACAGUCUGGUGAUCACGGUGCUGGCGAGGAGCAAGCCGGGCAAGCGCCGAAGCACCACCAACAUCUUCAUCCUCAACCUGAGCAUCGCUGACCUGGCCUACCUGCUCUUCUGCAUCCCCUUCCAGUCCACGGUCUACGUGCUCCCCACCUGGGUGCUGGGAGCCUUCAUCUGCAAGUUCAUCCACUACUUCUUCACCAUCUCCAUGCUGGUGAGCAUCUUCACACUCUCGGCCAUGUCUGUGGACCGGUACGUGGCCAUCGUGCACUCCCGACGCUCCUCAGCCUUGCGUGUUCCCCGCAACGCAAUGUUGGGUGUGGGGCUCAUCUGGGCGCUCUCCUUCGCCAUGGCCUCGCCUGUGGCUCACCACCAGCGCAUCUUCCACCGUGAGACCAGCAACCAGACCUUCUGCUGGGAGUUCUGGCCCAACCCACGCCACAAGAAGGUCUACGUGAUUUGCACAUUCGUCUUCGGAUAUCUGCUGCCACUGCUGCUCAUCUCCUUCUGCUAUGCCAAGGUUCUUAAUCAUCUGCAUAAGAAGUUGAAAAACAUGUCAAAGAAGUCAGAAGCAUCCAAGAAAAAGACAGCACAGACUGUGUUGGUGGUGGUAGUGGUUUUUGGCAUCUCCUGGCUGCCUCAUCAUGUGAUCCAUCUCUGGGCUGAAUUUGGAGUUUUCCCACUGACUCAAGCCUCCUUUCUCUUCAGGGUAACUGCACACUGCCUGGCUUACAGCAAUUCUUCUGUGAACCCAAUCAUAUAUGCAUUUCUAUCUGAAAAUUUUAGGAAGGCCUACAAACAAGUCUUCAAAUGCCAGAUUGGUAAUGAGUCGCUUCUGAAUGAUGCUAAGGAAAAUAAAAGUCGGAUAGAUACACCACCCUCUACCAAUUGUACCCAUGUGUGAAUGUUGAGAAGCCCUGUAUGUUGGCUCUUCCUUUAUGUAAACUAAACACCAAGGAAAAAAAAAAAGCACAAUGAGCUUUCCUGGGUUUAUCUUGAUAAAACUAAUUGGUAUUUAAUGUACUGAAGUUGCAUUUGUAACCAAAGUUUGUGAAACUCAUAUGAAUGUAACCUGGGCUGAUCAUUUGCAUCUUAGAUAUCUUUGUCAAAUAAAGCUCUUGGACUUUCAUAGAUAUUUGAGAAAAAAAAAAUGUUGAGAUGAUAUGUCUGUGUUCUUACUAAGCAUACAAAGGUACAAGAAGGAGAUGUUGAUGUGAUCAGGUAACUUUCUGACAUCUUAUUUCAUGAAAGUGAAAAAUGGAUAAUUUUCCUGUCCUACAGGUAAUAAAUACUGGACUACUGUGAUUUCAAAGAGAAAAGCUUUUAUUCUCUCUUUGGAUUGUUCUAACAAUGCCUUUUUUUCUUUUUAAAGUAAGCCUGGGCUCCGAUUUGGAGUUGGAAUAAGUUAUGUACACCUUGAGGCAAUUGCUUUAGAGAGGAAAUGCUAUUUUUAUCUGUUUAGCUGGUUUUACUAUGUCUUACUGAGCAAGGAUGGAUUGGUUUUCCACUUCAUAUGGCUGCCUUAUUGUAUUCACAGAAUUUUUGUGUACACUAUAUAAGGUUUUUUUAAUGGCUUGUGUGUAGUUGUACCAAAAUGAGGAUUUGUGUCUGAGGGAAGCUUCUCUUCAUAUGCUGCAUGUGCAUGUAUAUGUAUGUUUUCUUAAUUUCAUAGGCUUUGAGAUGGAGAGACAGUUUUAAAAGUGCAAUGUAUACAUAUGUUUUAAAAUAUUAUGUUUCAUAAAGAAGCUCUAGACAAUGUUUAAGGAUUUAAAGGCAGAAUUCCCUUAAAAGUUGUAAGUGGAGCUUGAUAUAAUGUAGUUUUAAACUGGAAAUAUAAAGAAGGCUGCAUUUAAAUUAAUGCAAAGUGCAUAAGGUAAAUGGUACAAUUCUGCAAAUUCUCAGAUAAAAUUAGUAGUUUCUGCAAUUUUAUAACUUUACUUAUAAUGUCUUUAGGUUGUAAAUAGCUAAAGAAAUAAUGGAAAAACAGUCCUUUGAAAACAUUCCUUUAGCUGGAGUAAGACAUUAUUUUACCUAUUUUUAUUAAUGACCCAAAGACUCAUAGAGUAAAUCAAAUUAAAGGAACCUCUGAACAUGCUCUCAAGGCAGGAAUACCCUCAGAGUUGCAUCACUUCCUUGACCAGGCAAAAUCUGAACAUUUCUAAGGAUGGCAAUUCAACAAUAUAUUCUGAGAAACCUGUGCUAAUGCCUAACCAUCCUCACUAAAAUAUUUUUCCUUAUCCACAGCUGGGAUUUCCCUUGAUGUAUCUUGUGACCAUUGCUUUCUUCCCUUUCACUGAGAACUGAAGUCUUUUCUCUAACUGACUAACGUGUAAUUUUAAGAUGGCUAUUGAAUUUCCCCUCAGCCUUCCCUUCUGGAACCAUGUCCUGCUUUCAGCCUCUCCUCAGGUCCCUGGCUGGGUCACUGGCCUUCCACUGCCCUUCCUCCAGUGUAUCCAUCCCGCUCAUGACCUGAGGUGUUCAAAACUGAGGAGCGUGUUCCAGAUGUGGCCUCACAAGCACUGAGCAGGAUAAUUGUUUCUCUUGACCCAUUGGCUGGUUCUUGCUAAUACAGCCCAAUAUUAUCAUAAUUUAUGGCUGCAAGGGUACACUGCUGACUUAUAUUUAAUUUCUGCUUUACAAACCCUCGGGUCCUUUUCUGCAGAUUUGCAUUGAGUCCCAGUCCAAGUUUCAGAACGUGGCUUUUGGCUUUCUUGGUCUUCAUGCAUUUGAUAGCUGUUGCUUCCAUGUUCCAGCUUCCUGAGGGCCCUUUGAAAGGUCUGCUUGCUGUCCAGAAUACCCACCACUGUCCCAGGUUUGGUAUUGUGUGUAAAAUUGCUGAGAAAGUCCUUAAACCUUCUCUUGGUCUUUAAAGAUGCUGCGUGGUGUUGGCCAGAUGCUCUUUCAGAUGCAUCUCCACAGACUUGCUUUAAGAAAAAUAACAAUUCAGAGUGGUGGAACGUCAGUUAUGGAGAGUUAGCUCACAUAAAACCAGCUAUGUUUAUGUGUCAGUACUGUCUGCUUGGAAUCAGUAAAAUAAUAUCAAAGACAUGCUAUUGCAUGCAUGGUGUUUGUGUCCAUUCUUUCAUAUGAAGAGAUUAUUUGAUGAUAUUUAUAGGGAAAAAAUAUUAGUAUAUACAAAUAUAUAUUUUAAAAAACUCUCAAUUGGAAAAAAAGGGUUUAUCUAUGCAGGAAACCCUUUCCUGGGCUGGGAUUGAGGUUCAGAAACAGCCUAGAAAGAAGUCCUCUUGAGUUUUGAGAUACUCAUCAACUCAAACACUCAAAUUAUUAAAACAUCAUCAAACUUCAGCUGAAUUUACAACAUUUUAGCAAAUUCUACAAUUUUGAAAAAAUUUUAAUUUUUAAAAAUUGCUAUUAAAUGAUUUUGCAUAAAAAUUGGAACAUAAGCAUAUAAUUGUAUAAAAAUAUAAUAACAAGAUGAUUUUAUUUUUUCAUCUGGAGAAGAAUUUUUUUCCUUAAUUGUACAUAAUUUUAAACCUUGGUGCUUGAUAGUAAUGGAGCUACACCUGUCUGAAAUUUUUAGGAUGAAGGAGUGGAAGGGUAGAGAUUUCUGUAACAACUAGUUAGAACGGUCCCACCUUGUUCCUGCUGAAUGUCAGUAAAACUUCCACCUGACUUCCACCUUCCACUUUUUUUAAGAGGCAGCUGACACUCUAAGGCUCAGUUUCCUGCCUAAACAUGCUUUUGUUGGUCCGUAUCUCUAGCGUGACUUCGUCAUACUCAGCUGUGACACGAAGGUUUCAAAUACAGCAGCAGUGUUAAUGUGUGCUGUGAACUGUGUCCAGCCCUAGAGCAGCUGGACACUUGGGCAGCAAGGUGUCCUGCCACAGAAAUGGUUGGCUUGGGUGGAAAAUCAGGGAAUGGGUGAUGGGAUCCACUAUAACUGAGUGCUUUCAGGUUCUGAGCUUGUUGGCAGGGAUUGUGGUUUCUGAUGGAAAGCAAAGCAGAUGUUUCACCUCAUUGACUGGCCUAGUAUGCUUUUCUACAUCUUUUUCUAACCAGAAAGGUUUAUUUCAAUGUUUGCGAAGUAAAGGCAAGAGGAAAUAAUCCCACUGAAUUCCAUCCUGUUGUGUGAAUUUGAAAAUGUUAUGCUGUACAAAACAAAAUUAAUAACAGGAGUGUUUAAUCAGAUUCCUCUCAAACUAAGACACUGCAGCCGGUUUCUAACAAAGUUUCCAUUUUAUACAUUACAUUCUGCUUUGCACCACUUUUGCCUUAAAAAGAUACAGAAAUCUCAUUAAAAGAGGUAAAGAAAUUAUUCCGCUAGGGCUCUUAGUGCCAUGCUUGCCCUGCCUGACUGUGAGUAUUGUGUUUGAGGUAUAAUACAAAAUAUUACAGCAGUGCUCUUCUUCCUCUAAUGAAAACUAAAGUACAAUUCCAAGAUAUGUGUGGACCCAAAUGCACAUUGUACCCUGGUAUAUAUAAAUCAGAUUUAGAAUCCAUAGCCAAAAAAGCCCCAAAUGAAUGGCACUUGACCAACAUACUGUUGAAUAUGUGCAAACAUGCAGUAAAAUGAAGGAACUUGUGUAAUUUUAUGCUCAGCCGUACUACUUCACAGGUAAUUGUGUUGCCCAUUUAACUAAUUUUGAAGAAAGGAAUCUUAGUUGCAAGUCAAGCUGACAGUUAAUUGCUGCUUCUGAGUAAUUAUGCUACACAGUUCUCAGUAACAAGCAUGUACUAAACAUAUGUUGUAAUGUAAUCAUUCAUAAUUACCUAAAAUUCUUGUAUCAAAAAAUGUAGAAUUUCUUCAAAAUUUUCGUAUGUCUAUGGUUGGUAACAAAAUUUGAUGCUGUAAUAGAUUACAAAAAUAUGCUCAAACUGGCUGAAAAUAUAUGUAAAAACAUUAUGACUGUAUAAGGAGCAAACUUAAAUUUUGUAGUUGACAUUUUUUAAGUUAUGGUUUUUGAGCUUUCUAUUACCUUUUACUUUGUGUGCAUGCAUCUUUUCCUUCAAACCUUAACUUUAUUAUUCUCAUAACUGAUUAGAUCUCCAUUUUCAAAAAACUAUGCCACUAUCUCCAAGAGAUAAACAUUAAGCUUUAUGUAUUUAAUGUUGCAGUGAAAUAAAUUUUGCUUUAAAUCCCAUGCUGUAGGGAAGGAGAGGGGUCUCUUUAUAAAAUAAUUCUGUGAAUACAUUAUUUUAUUAUGUUAUCUUCAUGGUUGCUUCACAGUGUGAUGUGACACAUUGAGAAAUGAGGACAGCAGAGAAAAGAACAGCAGAGAAAAGAACAGCUUGUAUCUUACAGAGCUUGUGCUAGUGUUGUUUUCAGUACAUGGGCAAAUGUCAAAGACCAAAAAAAUUAAAAAUUUGUGUUUGUUUCAAUGUGUAGCACAUGUAAAAUAGCGUGCAUUUGUUCUGAGAUAUAUUGUACUUUGCAUGAAUUUUCAAGGGAUAGUUCCAAUAAGUCUGUACCAUCUCUUCUUAGCUCUCUCAUAUGAGAUACAAACUGCAUUCCUUAAAAAAUGUUUACAUAAUAAUUAAAAAAAAGCAGCAUCUUCAGGAAAACUUCCAGAAAAAACACUGUAAACAUAAAGCUGAAUAGAGUAUGAUGGCUCGAUGACACCAGGUGUUGAAAAUUUAACUGAUAUAAUAAAUACUCUGAUUUUAAAGUACUUAUGUGGAGGAGGCAUGGCCCUCCAUUCAGGCUGGUAAGAAGUCUAUUGAAAUUUAUGGAAUAUAUUGAUAUUUCUUAAUCAAGUGUCGUUUAAAUCUCUGUAAUUUAUGGAUUGUUUAUGAGACAGACAAAGAGAGCCAGAUUCCUGUAUUUGAAUAUGAGAAAAAGCCUUCAUCCAGUAAAUCUUUCAGUGGUGUGAAGUCCAAAACUCUUUUAUGAAAACCUGUAUGUGGCUCAGUUUUGGAAGAAGAAAGCAGUCAAGUAUGUGCAUAUUUGUCUGUAUACUUGCUUUAACGUUGAUCAAAGGCUAUUUCAAUACAGUAAAAAUAUCUGGUUGAGCACGAAACCAAAAUAUAAUCAGUUUUAUACCUAAUGAAAACCUUUUAAACCAAAAGUAAAUGCUACAGCAUGGAUCUAAAAUUAUGUGCACUUUAUCAAUUUUAUUGUGCAGUACUCAUAAACCCUUUGUGUAUGACAUUGUGCAUGUUGGUGCACCUUGGCCAGAUACAUUUACUGGAUGAAGGCUGAGGUCUCAUUUUAUAGAAGUAUUUCCCUAAUGGCAGCAUUCUCUUCUUGGAAAACUGUAGUUUCCUUUGCAUGUUCAUUCCAUUCCUCUAUAAACAUCUAGCCACAUCUAAAAUUUCCUGAGAAAAAUAAAACCUCUCCUCUAGUAAUACAUCAUCUGAGGCACCUAGAUGUUUCUAGCCAGAUCUGUCAAUAAUUUAACUUGUUGAAGUUUAAUAUUAAGAUUUUGAAAUAAAAUAGAAAAUUACUGCUAA